AUGAAGAUUAACCAGAACACUGUGCUGCAAGGGAAGAAGGUGACCCUGGUGCCGUACACUGCUGCACAUGUGCCCCGGUACCACGAGUGGAUGCAGUCGGAGGAGCUGCAGCGCCUGACGGCCUCGGAGCCCCUGAGCCUGGAGCAGGAGUACGAGAUGCAGCGCAGCUGGAGGGACGACACCGACAAGUGCACCUUCAUUGUGCUGGACACAGCACAGUGGUCUGGGCAGGAGGAUGAGGAGUGCAUGGUGGGAGACGUGAAUCUCUUCCUCACCGACACUGAGGAUCCAACUUUGGGCGAGAUUGAAAUCAUGAUUGCAGAGCCCAGCUACCGAGGCAGAGGGUUUGGCAAGGAGGCAACUCUGCUGAUGAUGUCCUAUGGAGUGAGAAACUUGGGGAUCACCAAAUUUGAGGCUAAGAUUGGUCAGGAAAAUGAAGUCAGUAUCUGCAUGUUCAAAAAGCUUCAUUUUCAGGAGGUUGCUGUGAACAGUGUUUUCCAAGAGGUGACACUGAGGCUGGAUGUCAAUGACCAGGAGAGACGAUGGCUCCUGGAACAGACAAACCACGUGGAGGAGAAGAGCUACACUGACCUGAAGCAGCCAGCUGAGGUGCUGGAGACCUGA